AUGGAAUCUGAAAUACCAGUUAUGAAGAAAUACCCAAUUGAAAAUAUAUUGAAUGACGCUUCUGGUUUAUUAAAAAAGAAUGGGAAUAGAAAAGUAAUUCUAAUGCUGGACAAACAUUUCAUGAGUUACUCUCAUAAUGAAAUGAGUACACUUAAUAUCCAAAUCAGUAGAAGACUUAUAAGAGCAACAUAAAAUUUGUUAAACUAAUAUGUUCAUGGAGAUAAUAUAUCAAAGGUGGAUUUUUUACUUGAUCGAUGCAAUUUGUACACAGCUAUAAUAUACAUCAACAUCCAAAGAAUGCUAAAAAAUGAGAGAGGAACUGAACAUUACGAAGAAUUAAAUUCAGCCUAGAUUGAAUAAAAAAUAGGAUUGAACAGAUUGAGACAAAGAAUUAGAUAGACGAUUUGUGUACCUGGAAGUUUGAUUAAGGUUGCCCAUCUAGGCAAACUAAAGGAGAAAACUAAAAUUAAGUUCUAUUUAAGUGAGUGUUGGGCUUUGUUAUUGAAAUAAUUAAUUUUAUAUGCUAGAAUGUUUAAAAUCACAAAUGAGAUACCUAACAGUUUGAAGAUGAUACAUAAAAUCGAGUAGUUCUUACAAAUCAAAGAAAUAAAAAACACAACUAAUAUUGAAUUGCUCAAAAUAAUUGUAGAUCAUUACUAAAAUUUCGGGUAAUUCUAUUUUUAAAUAUGCGAAUUCAAAAAAUCUAUAAAAUAAUAUGAAAUUGCCUAUUCAUAUUUACACUAACUCAUUUUCUUAAUCUUAAAAAAAAGAAAUACUCCAAAUGUUAUUGAUGAUUCAGAUCUAAGACCAGUUGAACCAUACAUCAUGAAAUUAACAAUUAUAUUAUACCUUCAAUCACUUUGCUAUGAAUAUGUCUCGGAAUAUUCGAAAAUGAAGGAAUGCAUUCAUUUAGCUUAAUGGUUUUGUAAUGAAGUCUUGAGAUUAGAAGAUGAACAUCAACUGAGAAUCCUCAUAUUCAGUAGAGCCUAAGAUAUCUAAAAAUACAUUGAUCAUAUAUUGGCAGAAUGUGAAAUUAGACACAUCAUAUUUACUUGUUUAUGUGAUGACACUAAUCCUGAAAUCAAAGAAAUCACAUCAUAAGUUAAAGAUGAUUAUCAACAAGCCCUAAAUGAAAAAUUCUAUCUCAAAUUACGAAUUGAACAACUAAACAAAUAAUAAUUUUUCAAAUUAAAUCCCAUUCCUGUUAAACCUCCCUCACCAUAUCUAUUAUAUAAUGUACCCAAAGGUAGUAGAACAGAAAGAGAACUUACAAUAUAAUAAUUCUCUAAAAAUUAUUAAUCAUUCACUACCCAAGAUGGUUUUGAUUAACAUAAAUUAAUAACAUCAGAUAGUGAAUCUAAGAUGAUUAAAUAAAACUCUAUCUCAUCUUUUUCGAGAAGGACCAGACCAACAGAUUUUACAUAAUAUUGUCGAACAGAAUAAUCAGAUUAUCCUAAAUUGGAUUCAGAGUUAGCAGGAGUUAUUGUCAACUAAUUGAAAAAAGAAUAAGCCUUCUAUUCACUUGCUGAUAUUCAAAGGACUUGUAAGGAUGAACUCAAUGAAAAUGAAAGAUAACAAUAGGAUUGCGAAUUAGGUAGAGCCAUAUUGUUGUUUAAAAGAUAAUUUAGUAAGAAUGCAAUUGCUGAACCUAAAGAAACAGAUUCUUUGAAGCAGUUGAACAAUGAAAUCAAGACUGAAUUUUAAUUAAUUUCUGGAUACUUGGAGGCUCAAGAAAGAUUAAAGAAGAAGAGAUAGUAAUAGUAAAUAAUUGAAUAAUCUCUCAAACCCAAACCUAAGAGUAAAACUCCAUUUAGAAAGAUACUCAUUAAGCAUUGCAAUACUUUAGGUUUAAAAUAAACAAAAAAGAAAUUGUAAAAUUUAGAAGAAGAAUCUGCUCUAAUGAAAUUGUAUUAAAAAAUAUCUGGAUAGAAAGAAGAAGAAAAACCUAAAAUUAAUGAAGACCAAAUUAUUAGGAAUAUGAUUCAAACAAAUUUAAAUGCAAUCAAAGUGAUCAUGGAUGAUAAUUAAAAAGAAUAGGAAACUGCUUAAAAAUAACUAAAGUCAAGAAGACAUACUUCUGAAUAAUUGCCAUCUAACCAUGAAAAAUCUCCUUCGAAUUGCUAAUUCAGGGAAACUUUCAAAGGUCUUGCUGGGUCAACUCAAUACUUAAGUACUAAAGGAUAGGCUACUAAAAGUGUAAUCUCUUUGGUAGAAUUAGCAAAUAUCAAAAGAAAGAUGAAUCAACUAGAGUCUAAAAAGGCUGUCAGAUACUCAGAAUUAUUUCGGAGUUAAUUAUGA